GCUCCGACGAGUGGCAAGUGAAGAAGGUGUGUGAAAAAGCUAAAAAUCGACAAAAAACAAACAGUCUUCCUCUCUCCCCAUAGGACUCGUCUCUUCCUCUCUCCUCUUGACGCAGAGAAUCUUCUCUCUGCUUUAGUUUCGAAGACGACGAAGAUAUCUCCACCCAGUUCAAGAAGCUGCUCUGUUUACUCAAAGCCUCUCUUCUCUCCUGAUUCAGCGUCGGUAACAAACAAUGUCGGCGCCGGAGAACUUAGAUCAGAUUCUCUGAUUCCGUACCACCAGGAACUCAUUCGCCUCUGAUCGAUCUUUUAAACCAAAAGACAAAUAAAUAAUAAUGUCUCAUUCGUGGGACGGACUCGGAGAGAUCGCUUCAGUAGCACAGCUCACAGGCCUCGACGCCGUCAAGCUCAUCGGCCUCAUCGUCAAAGCCUCCAACACCGCCUGGAUGCACAAGAAGAACUGCCGCCAGUUCGCUCACCACCUCAAACUCAUCGGCAACUUGCUCGAGCAGCUGAAGAUCUCGGAGAUGAAGAAGUACCCCGAGACUCGGGAGCCUCUCGAAGGCCUAGAGGAUGCUCUGAGGAGGUCUUACGUUCUGGUCAACAGCUGUCGCGACAGGAGCUAUCUCUACUUGUUGGCUAUGGGGUGGAACAUUGUUUACCAGUUCAGGAAGGCUCAGGAUGAGAUCGAUCGGUUUCUUAAGAUCAUUCCUCUCAUCACUUUGGUUGAUAACGCUCGCGUUAGGGAGAGGUUGGAGUAUAUUGACCGUGAUCAGUUCGAGUAUACUUUCGACGAAGAGGAUAAACAUGUGCAAGACGUUAUUAUGAAACAAGAAUCCACCAGAGAAGCAGCUUCCGUGCUCAAGAAGACUCUCUCUUGCUCCUACCCUAACUUGCGGUUCUGCGAUGCCCUCAAAACCGAAAACGAGAAGCUGCAGCUCGAACUUCAGCGUUCCCAGGAGCAUUACGAUGUGGCUCAGUGCGAAGUCAUUCAGCGUUUGAUCGGUGUUACUCAAACUGUUGGUGAGGUCGAUGGCGUCUCUGACAAGGAACUGUACAAGAAAAAAACUGACCCUAGCACAACUGGCAACACGGUUGAAUAUUCGUAUGAGGAAGAUCAUCCCAAGAAAAGCAGUAGCCGUGCAGCUUCAAGAUCUAUUUCUUCUGUUACGUCACAGCACCGUGAAGAAUGGCAUACCGACUUGCUAGCUUGUUGCUCGGAACCUUCUCUUUGCUUGAAGACAUUAUUUUUCCCGUGUGGUACUUUGGCAAAGAUUGCCACUGCAGCAACAAACAGGCACAUGUCUUCAGCUGAAGCAUGUAAUGAGCUAAUGGCAUAUUCUUUGAUACUUUCGUGUUGCUGCUACACUUGCUGUGUAAGGAGGAAACUCCGGAAAACACUCAACAUAACGGGAGGGUACAUUGACGAUUUUCUAUCUCAUUUGAUGUGUUGUUGCUGUGCUCUUGUUCAAGAACUGCGAGAAGUUGAGAUUCGUGGGGGCUUAUGGUAACGAGAAGACGAAAGUAAGUCCGCCUCCUUCGCAGUUCAUGGAACAUUGAAUCAAAUACCAAAAAGAUCUCUGAAUAUGACACACGAGAUUCUUCUUUGCGUGCUCUACUUUGUUUUUAGAUCGUUGUUGUGUUGUAAAUUGGUUUGGGAUGAUCACCAUUUUUUCAGUAAUUGUGUCGUGUGUAUCAUAGACUACAGACUAACAAGCCUUUCUUGAUUCAUCUUUUACCAUACGAAUAGGUGUCUUACUACGGUUAACGAGUUCCUAAAUUGAACAAAUCUUUUAAUGCU